AAGCUCUCGGCCUGCACACAAAUGCCUUCAACCUCACUCCCUCCCUUUAUAUAUUUCAGACAUUCACUACCGAGCUACAUCGUCCCUUCCAAGUAGAGCGCCGCGCCAACAGAAACCUCUUUACUAUCUCCUCUCUCUCGCGUCCAUGGCGGGUCAGAUCCCCCAACCCAUCCGUUGCAAAGCGGCCGUGUGCAGGGCCGCUGGCGAGCCGCUGGCCGUCGAGGAGAUCGUCGUGGACCCGCCCAAGGCGCACGAGGUCCGGAUCAAGAUCGUCUGCACCUCGCUCUGCCACAGCGACGUCACGUUCUGGCGUAUGCAGGAUUUCCCCGGCGUUUUCCCGAGGAUUUUUGGGCACGAAGCCUUCGGGGUGGUGGAGAGCGUAGGGGAGCAUGUGGAAGGGUUCGCCGCCGGCGACCCGGUGGUGCCCACGUUCCUGGGCCAGUGCACCGAGUGCGUGGACUGCGCCUCGGAGCGGAGCAACGUGUGCUCCACGUACCGGUUCGCGGUGCGCCCCGGGAUGCCGCGCGACGGCACCGCCCGCUUCCGCGACCGCCACGGCGCCCCGAUCCACCACUUCCUCGGCGUCUCCAGCUUCAGCGAGUACACCGUCGUGGACGCCAACCAGGUCGUCCGCGUCGACCCCGCCGUGCCGCCCGCCACGGCCUCCCUCCUCAGCUGCGGCGCCACCACCGGGGUCGGAGCAGCGUGGAAGCUGGCUAAAGUCGAGCCGGGGUCUUCGGUUGCUAUCUUUGGCCUCGGCGCCGUAGGAUUAGCGGUAGCUGAAGGGGCCAGGAUUUGCGGUGCGUCAACGAUCAUCGGCGUGGAUUUGAACCCUGAGAAACAUGAACUUGGAAAGAAGUUCGGUGUGACGCACUUCAUCAAUCCACAAGAACUUGGGGACAAACCUGUCAGCCAAGCGAUCAUCGAGAUGACUGACGGUGGCGCGGACUACUGCUUCGAGUGCAUCGGGCUGGCGUCGGUGAUGAGCGAUGCAUUUCGGAGCUCCCGAGAGGGAUGGGGCAAGACGAUCAUUCUUGGCGUCGAAAUGCACGGUGCCCCUUUGUCCAUUCCUUCGUUGGAGAUCCUCAACGGCAAAUGCGUAAUGGGAUCACUCUUCGGAGGGGUGAAACCCAAGCAGGACAUUCCCAUCCUGGCCGACAAGUAUCUGAACAAGGAGCUGGAGUUGGACAAGUUCAUAACUCACGAGGUUCCCCUGAAGGACAUCAACACGGCAUUUGACCUUCUGUUGCAGGGGAAGAGUCUCAGAUGCACCAUUUGGAUGGACAAGUGAUGUGGCUAAGUGAAAUUGCAAUUGAGCAAACCAGUUGUCUACUUAAGUUUGCUGCCCACUUCAGUAGGUUACAAUACAAUUAUACAAAUAACUGGUUUGACUGCUGCCCCAAGAAGAUUUGUGUGUAUAAUGACUAGUGAAUUUUAACAUCGUGUGUCAAAUCAUGUGCGUUCAGACUUUAUUGAUAUACAAAAUCACUCUCUGAAAUUCAUCUGUGUAUUCUCAGUCAUCUGAAUUCUGCCUGUAACAGCUUUCUCAAAAAAUGGAUCUCCAGGUGAAUAAAUGAUUGCUUUCUUUA